AGGGGACGCCAGGAAAAGGAACUUCCGGGACCCUCCCUGCUCUCGGCCCACCUCCGCUUCCUGCCUCAUGCCUCACCUUGUCCCCAGCACCUGGACUUCCACUAAAGGCUUAGAAAAUGUGACCUUAACUCCUGGGGGCCUGGCUCUGCAGCCCCAGCUUUCCUCCCUCCCUGAGGUUCCCCUCCAGCCUUUUACCGGACCCUUGCCCAGGCCAGACUCUGGAAGCUGGCUCUGGGACUGUGCUCUGGGCCAAGUGGGCACCUGCACCAGCCCCACUUGUGCCUGGGCUGCGGCCCUUCCCCCACAGGGCGCCCACCAUGGCCCCACCACUCUUGCUGCUACUGCUGGCCAGUGGAGCGGCUGCCUGCCCGCUGCCCUGUGUCUGCCAGAACCUGUCGGAGUCUCUCAGCACCCUCUGUGCCCACCGAGGCCUGCUGUUUGUGCCACCCAAUGUGGACCGGCGCACAGUGGAGCUGCGGCUGGCUGACAACUUCAUCCAGGCCCUGGGGCCACCUGACUUCCGCAACAUGACAGGGUUGGUGGACCUGACCCUGUCUCGAAAUGCCAUCACCCGCAUUGGAGCCCGCGCCUUUGGAGACCUGGAGAGCCUACGCUCCCUGCACCUGGAUGGCAACAGGCUGGUGGAGCUGGGCAGCGGCAGCCUUCGGGGACCCAUCAACCUGCAGCACCUCAUCCUCAGUGGCAACCAGCUGAGCCGAAUUGCACCAGGGGCCUUCGAUGACUUUCUUGAGAGCCUUGAGGACCUGGACCUAUCCUACAACAAUCUCCGGCAGGUGCCCUGGGCUGGCAUUGGCGCCAUGCCUGUCCUACAUACCCUCAACCUGGACCACAAUCUCAUUGACGCACUGCCCCCAGGAGCCUUUGCCCAGCUCGGGCAGCUCUCCCGCCUUGACCUCACCUCCAACCGCCUGGCCACACUGGCACCGGACCCACUCUUUGCCCGGGGGCGUGAUGCUGAGGCCUCCCCUGCACCCCUGGUGCUGAGCUUCAGUGGGAACCCACUGCACUGCAACUGUGAGCUCCUGUGGCUGCGACGACUGGCGCGGCCCGACGACCUGGAGACCUGCGCCUCCCCACCUGGCCUGGCUGGCCGCUACUUUUGGGCAGUACCUGAGGGCGAGUUCUCUUGUGAGCCACCCCUCAUUGCCCGCCACACACAGCGCCUCUGGGUGCUAGAGGGCCAGCGGGCUACACUCCGAUGUCGCGCUCUUGGUGACCCAGCACCCACCAUGCACUGGGUUGGCCCUGAUGAUCGGCUGGUCGGCAACUCCUCCCGAGCCUGGGCUUUCCCCAAUGGGACACUGGAGAUUGGGGUGACAGGCGCUGGAGAUGCAGGAGGCUAUACCUGCAUUGCUACCAACCCUGCUGGUGAAGCUACUGCCAGAGUAGAGCUCCGGGUGCUGGCCUUGCCCCACGGCGGGAACACCAGUGCUGAGGGGGGCCGCCCCGGACCCUCGGACAUUGCUGCCUCAGCUCGAACUGCUGCUGAGGGUGAGGGGAUUAUGGAAUCUGAGCCAGCUGUACAGGUGACAGAGGUGACAGCCACCUCAGGACUGGUGAGCUGGGGCCCAGGGCGGCCAUCUGACCCGGUGUGGAUGUUCCAAAUCCAGUACAACAGCAGUGAGGACGAGACCCUCAUCUAUCGGAUCGUCCCAGCCUCCAGCCACCACUUCCUAUUGAAGCAUCUGGUGCCCGGUGCUGACUACGACCUCUGCUUGCUGGCCCUGUCACCUGUCGCUGGGCCCUCUGACCUCACAGCCACCAGGCUCCUAGGCUGUGCCCACUUUUCCACGCUGCCAGCCACGCCCCUGUGCCAUGCCCUACAGGCCCACGUGCUUGGCGGGACCUUGACUGUGGCUGUGGGGGGUGUGCUGGUGGCCGCCUUACUGGUCUUCACUGUGGCCUUGCUGGUUCGGGGCCGGGGAGCUGGGAAUGGCCGCCUUCCCCUCAAGCUCAGCCAUGUCCAAUCCCAGACCAAUGGAGGCCCCAGUCCCACCCCCAAGCCCCACCCACCACGGAGCCCCCCACCCCGCCCCCAGCGCAGCUGCUCCCUGGACCUGGGAGAUGCUGGGUGCUACGGCUAUGCCAGGCGCCUGGGAGGGGCCUGGGCCCGGCGGAGCCACUCUGUGCAUGGGGGGCUGCUGGCAGCAGGGUGCCGGGGUUUGGGGGGCAGUGCCGAGCAGCUGGAAGAGAGUGUGGUGUGAUGAGAGGGGCAGUUCUCCUUGUGCCCUGAGGAACGAGCAGUGGGGCCGGGGGAGCCCAGGGCUGCAGCCGCCUGGCAUGGGCAAGCCACACUGCCCUUGGGCCCCUCCUGGUUUUUAUUCUCGGUACCUCAGGCUCCCCAUGUACUUGGUGGGAAAGGGAGCCCUUUCCAUGGUUCUGGCCUCCAGACCAGGGUAAAGGGACAGGUCCCUCCGAUAGGUGCUCAGAGCCACCAAGGCAGGGGCUGCAGCCACCAAGUGGGAGUGUUGUUUCCGUUUAUAAUAAAAUGAUUGGGGACACCUCA